AUGGCCGAGCAGGAGAGCCUGGAGUUCGGCAAGGCCGACUUUGUCCUCCUGGACCAGGUGACCAUGGAGCACUUCAUGGAGAACCUGAAGCUGAGGUUCGAGAUGGGGCGGAUUUACACCUACAUCGGGGAGGUGGUGGUCUCCAUGAACCCCUACAAGCAGACGCAGCUCUACGGGAAGGACGUGAUCGAGCAGUACCAGGGCCGAGAGCUGUACGAGCGGCCGCCGCACCUCUACGCCGUGGCCGACGCCGCCUACAAGGCCAUGAAACGCCGAGCCAAAGACACCUGCAUCGUCAUCUCAGGGGAGAGUGGUGCUGGGAAGACGGAAGCCAGUAAAUACAUCAUGCAGUACAUAGCGGCCAUCACUAACCCCAGCCAGAGGGAAGAGGUGGAGAGGGUGAAGAACGUGCUGCUCAAGUCCAACUGCGUCCUGGAGGCCUUCGGCAACGCCAAGACCAACCGCAACGACAACUCCAGCCGCUUCGGCAAAUACAUGGACAUCAACUUCGACUUCAAAGGGGACCCCACCGGCGGCCACAUCAACAACUACCUCCUGGAGAAGUCUCGCAUCCUCCACCAGCAGCCGGGCGAGAGGAACUUCCACUCCUUCUACCAGCUGCUUCUCGGGGCCUCAGACACUCAGGUGGCCUCCCUCCAUCUCUGCAGAGACCCUGCAGCCUACCGCUUCACCAGCGAGGGCGCCAGCAACAACCUGCUGACCAGUGAUCAGUCCAACUUCAAGGCCGUGGCAGACGCCAUGAAGGUGAUCGGCUUCAGCCCGGAGGAGAUCGACUCGGUCUACAAGAUCCUGGCUACUAUUUUACACUUGGGCAACGUGAGCUUUGUCACCGAGGGAGAUGCCGUGGCGAUAGAGAACAGGGAGCUGGUCUCCCAGCUGGCGGAGCUGACCUCCACCCAGCCGGAGAGCCUGCUGAGAGCCCUGCUGUACCGCGCGGUGGCCACGGGCGGUGGGGAGGUCAUCGAGAAGGGUCAUAGUGCCAAGGAAGCCAACUAUGCCAGGGACGCCUGCGCCAAGGCCAUCUACGAGCGGCUGUUCUGCUGGAUCGUGGGGCGCAUCAACACCGUCAUCGAGGUGAAGAACUACGAUGCCCGGCUCCACGGCAAGAACACCGUCAUCGCCGUGCUGGACAUCUACGGCUUCGAGAUCUUCGAAAGCAACAGCUUCGAGCAGUUUUGCAUCAAUUACUGUAACGAGAAGCUGCAGCAGCUGUUCAUCGAGCUGAUCCUGAGGCAGGAGCAGGAGGAGUAUCAGCGGGAAGGCAUUGAGUGGCAGCACAUCGAGUACUUCAACAACCAGAUCAUCGUGGACCUGGUGGAGCAGCCGCACAAGGGCAUCAUCUCCAUCCUGGACGAGGCCUGCCUGACCGGGGGCCAGGUCACGGACGCCAUGUUCCUGGAGUCCAUGAACACCAAGCUGGGCAAGCACCCCCACUACACCAGCCGCAAGCUCUGCGCCAUCGACAAAUCCAUGGAGUUCGGCCGGGAUUUCCGCAUCAAGCACUAUGCCGGGAACGUCACGUACUCGGUGGAGGGGUUUAUCGACAAGAACAAGGACACCCUCUUCCAAGAUUUCAAGCGGUUGAUGUACAACAGCACGGACCCCGUCCUGAGGGACAUGUGGCCGGAGGGCGAGGUCAGCAUCACCGAAGUGACCAAGCGCCCCCUGACGGCUGCCACCCUCUUCAAGAACUCCAUGGUGGCGCUGGUGGAGAACCUGGCCUCCAAGGAGCCCUACUACGUGCGCUGCAUCAAGCCCAACGACCAGAAGUCGCCGCUGCUCUUUGACGCCAAGCGCUGCCGCCACCAGGUGGAGUACCUGGGCCUGCUGGAGAACGUGCGGGUCCGCAGGGCCGGCUUCGCCUACCGGCAGCCCUACGACCGCUUCCUGCUCAGGUAUAAGAUGACCUGCGAGUACACGUGGCCCAACCACCUCAUGCCCACGGACCAGGAGGCCACGCGGGCCCUCAUCGACCAGCACGGCUUCCAGGACGACGUGGCCUAUGGCCACACCAAGAUCUUCAUCCGCAUGCCCCAGACCCUCUUCUGCCUGGAGCAGGAGCGGGCCCAGCUCAUCCCCAUCAUCGUGCUCCUGCUGCAGAAGGCGUGGCGGGGGGCCCUGGCCCGGCGGCGCUGCCGGUACCUGCGUGCCAUCUACACCAUCAUGGGCCAUUACAAGCGGCACAAGGUGAAGACGUACCUGCUGGAGCUGGUGCGCCGCUUCCAGGGGGUGCGCAGCAUGGCCGACUACGGCAAGAGCGUGGAGUGGCCUGACCCGCCGGCGGUGCUGGCGCAGUUCCAGGAAAACAGCAAGCUGCUCUUCCGCAGGUGGCGAGCCAGGCAGAUCGUGAAGAACAUCCCUCCCUCGGACAUGGCGCAGAUCCAGGCCAAGGUGGCGGCCAUGGAAGUGCUGCAGGGCUUGCGCAAAGACUGGGGUUGCCAGAGGAACUGGGGCCGGGAUUACCUGUCGUCGGUGGCUGAAAACCCUGUCAUGGCCGCCCAGUUCGCCAGGAGGGUGCAGGCCCUGAGGGACAAAGUGCACUUCGGCUCGGUGCUGUUCUCCUGCCAUGUUCGCAAGAUCAACCGCUUUAACAAGAGCAGGGACCGGGCCAUUCUCGUCACAGACCAGCACCUCUACAAGCUGGAGCCCAGGAAACAGUACAAGGUGAUGCGGACCCUGCCUCUGAGCACGGUGACGGGGGUGAGCGUGACCAGCUGCCAAGACCAGCUGGUGGUUUUUCACACCCAGAACCACGACGACCUGGUCAUCUGCUUCCAUAAGAUGCAGCCGGAAGAGGACAACCGAGUUGGGGAGCUGGUGGGGGUGCUGGUGGACCACUUCAAAACGACGAAGCGCGAGCUGCAGGUGCGCGUGUCGGACUGUAUCCAGCUGAGCCUGCGCGGGAGGAAGAGGCUGGUUGCCGUGGAGACGCGCCACGAGCUGGCCUUCCCCGACUUCGGCAAGAGCCGGGACGGCUUUGUGCUUUACUGUCCCAGGAGAUGA